AUGGAGCAAAUUGUUAAAAAUAGAGAAGUGGUCUUGGCUUCUUACGCGAAUGAAGGGCCUGUCACAGAUGAUCAUCUGAAGAUCAGAGAAACCCAAUUAAACUUAAAUGCAUGCAAGGAAGGGGAAGUUGCUGUGCAGAAUAUGUGGGCCUCAGUGGAUCCAUAUCUCAGAUGGCUUAUGUGGGAAUCCAAGACAUUCUCUUUUGACAACUUCAAAUUAGAUCAGCCUAUCGUUUCUCAUAUGGUAGGGAAAGUAGCCGUUUCUGCUAAUGCUGCGUUUAAAGUGGGUGAUGUGGUAACUGGGUUGUAUGAAGUGUCAGAAUACAGCAUAGUAGGUGGCUCAAAUUUGAAGAAACUUGACCCCAAUCUGGUUAAACCUUCUGAUUAUUUUGGGCCUCUGGGUACUCAUCUACCAUUUCAUUGUAAUUAA